AUUAAUAACAUCAAAUCUAAAAAAAAAUUGAAUAGAGAAAAACAGCAAGACUUUUAUUUUUUCUUCAAACUUUUUUCUCCAUUGCUCUGUCUCUUCGUUUUCCUUUGUUCUGUCUCUUCGAAUUCCUCUUAUCUAUUAUCCAAAGUUUCAUUGUAUUGUUUGUGUUUGAAAAAACUCUGUCAUCAAAUGGGGUUUAAUCUGUUUCGAUGCUCAUGUUCUUCUUCCCCAGAAGGGGUCAAAAAAUAAGAAAACAGAGCAUUAAAAUAUCAAAAAAAAAAAAGACAUAAAAGAAAGAUCCGAUUAAAUAGGGUUUGUGUUUUUCUUUUAUUUGAUUUGGUUGUUGAUGGAAAUGGCGUCCUCUGAGGUAGAAAUGUCUUCAUGCCAAACUUUUAAUUGCGUCUUGAGUCGUCCUCACGAGAGAUGCACCCAAAGAGACAACAACACCAACAACAACAAGAAGAAGAACAACAAUAACAACAAUGUCCGAAACAUACACGUCGCCGCCUUCGAGAAGAAUCUCAAUGUUUUUGUAAGAGAUCAUCUCGAAAACUGUAGCGUCUCCGUUGAUGAUGUUGUUGAUGAUUCCAUCAAAGCUGUUCCGGAAUGUUCUUCCAACAAAUCCUCUGUUUCAGAUCAUCGGCUCUCGAAAACAGAGGAAUCUCGGCAAGACGUCCCAUCAUCGUCUUCUUCUUUAGGAUCCGACUCGGAUCCGAAUUCAGGUCAACCCGAGAACCCGUCAAGAAACGCAGCUUCUUCUCUCGUUCAGAUAUGGGAGGCGAGGACAACGCAGCAACCACCAAGCUCGAACCAAUCCCUAAUCGAUAGCAGAACAAGUUCUAUGGGAUCAAACGCUCUAGAGAAUUCGGAGUCUCUCGAAUCCGUGAAAGAAUCUCAAAUGAUUCAACCGAUUGAAGAAUGUAACAAUGAGGAGGAAGAAGAAGAGAUUGAAUGUGCACCUCCACCUUUAGAAUCUGGAGAGAAAGAUAGAGAAGGUGUGAGAGUUAUGGAUAUUAUUCGGAAACUAAGCAACGACUCGGAGACAAUUACUAAUAAUGACAAUGGAAGCAGCGGCAAUGACAAUAGUAAAGAAGUUCAAACAACAGAAGCAAGAAGUUUUCCUCAGGUUGCUUGUUCCCCAAGAAUCAGAGGUCGUCAAGCUUUGGCUGAUUUGUUGGUGCAGAUGACGCGUGAUCGAGAAAAAGACUUGGCUUGUUUACGAGAACGUCAUUGUGUUUCAAAGUUCACGAAUCGUGGAAGGAUUCAGUCUACGCUUAGAAUUCGAUGUUACGAAAGGUGCCUUGCGAUUCAAGGUAGACAUCGGUCUAAAUCAACAUCAGCAGGAUCUGAUUCAAACCGAUCGUCACGAGGUUCUGGUGUGAUGCAUCUUCUCAGGGAGAAAUAUAAGGCAAAUUCUGAGAACAUUGAGACUGGAGCUUCAACUAGUCAUGCGUCUACUCGGGGUCGGAUUAUGGAUAAAGACCCUCACAAAGCUACAGAGAAGAAGGUUUUGCAGGAGACAAUAGAGAAGAGUGGAGUAAAGGAGAUUAAGGAGGUGGUUUCUGCGGUUGAGAAUGCGAAGAAAGGUGUCUUAAGUGAAAUUUCAGAGAAUAGGAAUGGUUUAAAGAAACUUGCAGGAGAAACUAUCCAGAAAGAAACUGUAGAAGGGAAAGGCGAAAAGCGAGAGACGAAGGAGAAAGUUAUUUCCAAAGAAAGUCUUGAAGGGAAAGGCGAGAAGAGAGAAUCAACUAAGGAGAAAGCUAUUGCUAAGGAAAGUGUAGCAGAGAAGGCUUUGGUUGGAAUAGCUGAGAAGGUGAAUCUAUGGAACUCAGAUGAGAAAAUGAAUAGAAGAAAAGUGGUGGAGAAAGGUAAAACUGAAGGCAAUACUAAUACUGAGAGGGUUGAGAGAAAUGAUGUAUUGGAAGAAGCUACAAGAAGAAUCCUUAGUGUCGAAAGUGCCGAAAGAAGCAGUACUACUACUUCAAAGGAAACGAUGACACGGUGUGAGGUUGCUGAGAAAGUAGUGAAAGGAAAGAAAAAGGAAGAUUUUGUUUCUUUGGAAUCUAAUAAGUCCAAAGAAGUUGAAGAUGGAAACAUUAAGCCUCAAGGAGUUACCACACAAGCAGAUAGUUGUUUGCGUAAACCGGCUAUAGAGGAAAAAGUUUUGCAGGAGACAACUGUAAAGAGUGAUUUAAAGAAACCUACUGAGAAGGAAAGUAGAGAAGAGAGGAGAGAAAUUGAGGAAGAAGAAAGCACUUCGAUGGGAAUAGCAGAGAAGGUGAAUCUUUGGAACUCCAAGGAGAAAAAAAAUAGGAGAAAAGCUAUGGAGAAAGGCAAAGGUAAAACUGAAGGCAAAGCUAUUACUGAGACAAAUGAAUUGUUGCAAGAAGCUUCAAGAAGAAUUAGUAAUGUCGAAACUGCAGAGAGAAGCAUUGAUACUUCAUGGAUAACGGUGGUGAAAGUUGUUGGUGACAGAGUUAUUAUGGAUAAAAGAAAGAGUAGUGGAGAAACUACGCGAUCUGCAGAGAUAGGAGGAGGAAAGAAAGAGGAAGAUUUGGCAUCUGUAGAAGCUAAGUCCAAAGAUGUUAUUGAGGAUAAAAACAUGAAUCCACAAGCUGUGAUUCAUGGGUCUAAAGAGAGGGAUAAAGAGAGGAACUCUUCACAAAACGGUGAAGAAACAUUGAGUCUGCGAAACUCAGAAGCUAAGUCUACUAAAGAGAUUGAGAGACAAGAAGUUACACAAGAAGAAAAAUCUGUGAGUCAUGGGUCUAGAGAAAAGGAUAAAGAGAGAAAUUCUUUACAAUACGGUGAAAAAAUGUGUUUUCUGCGGAACUCGGAAGCUAAGUCUACUAAAGAGAUUGAGAGAAACAAGUCUCAAGAAGUAUCACAAGGAGAAGAAUCUGCGAGUCAUGGCUCUAGAGAGAGUGCUAAAGAGAAAAAUUCUUCACAACAGGAUGAUGAAACGUCGACUCAUCGAAACCCAAAUGACAAAAAAGGCAUUAAGGAACCCGAGGACGAAGAGAGCAAGAAGGUAGAACGCGAAGAAACGGGAGAAAACGUGGAAGAAGCAUCAGUAGAGUUUGUAAAUGAUUGGGAUGGAAACGAAAUGGAAGAAGAAGAAGAAGAAGAAUAUGGAGAUUAUUUUAAUGGAGAUGAUGAUUGGAUUCACGAUAUAUCGCGGCCACGAAGUUACUGGGAAGAUCUAAGGAAAGAAAGGUAUCUUGAGGUUCUCAACACUGAAUCAGAGAAGAAAGAUAUUUGCAAUCUCAUUGAGAGACGAACAGUUUCCAACUUUUUGACUAGUGAUUUGCGACAAAAGAUUGAUAAUUUGAUGAUCACUCGCGUGCAAAGUCAUAUAGGCGUACCACUCAAUCAAAUAGAAGAAGGAGACGAAUAUGAAGAAGAGUGGGAAGUUGAGUGUUCAGCAAGAAACGAGGAAGAUAAUGAAACAGAGGAAGAACCAGAGAAGACAAAUCUUGAAGCUCCAAGCGAUGUUUGCAGCCAAUCAUCAGCAAGGAGUAGUACCAUGAUGUCGUGGAAUUUCAGAGACCAGGACAUUGACAAGGAUAACGAACCGACAACGUCUUUGUCUCUUCCUGAACCUUUAGUUCCCACAAAUCAAUCUACACAGGACAUGCAGACGAUAAGUGAUCUCAAGGAACAAAUGGAGCAACUUCAACGAGAAAUGCUCGAGCUACGAAAUACCGUUAAAUCUUGCAUCGAUAUGCAACUUCAUUUCCAGAAAUCUGUAACUCAAGAUCUGUCUCGUUCUGGCUCAUCAGCAGAACAACGAGUAGACCCGAAGAAAGAUCCUUUGAAACGCAAGUGUUGCGUUUGCUCUGAGAUGCCUGUUGAUUCGCUCCUGUAUAGGUGUGGACAUAUGUGCACAUGUCUGAAAUGUGCUCAUGAAUUGCAAUGGAGCAGUAAGAAAUGUCCGAUAUGUAUGGCUCCAAUUGUUGACGUUGUGAGGGCUUUUCUUGAUUCUUAGGACCCAAGAAACCACAAAACAUUGCUAGUUUCUCCAUUGAUUUGAAAAUGUGUCACAUUUGAAUAUACAUAAUAAACAUUUUGUUUGUCUUCACGUGUUAUGCCGACUUCUAAAGACUUUAUUAUUCUCCUA